GGUCUGUAGUGACUCCUCUACCACUGAGAUGCAGUACCUCAGACCGCUGAACCAGGGUCUGUAGUGACUCCUCACCACUGAGAUGCAGUACCUCAGACCGCUGAACCAGGGUCUGUAGUGACUCCUCACCACUGAGAUGCAGUGCCUCAGACCGCUGAACCAGGGUCUGUAGUGACUCCUCUACCACUGAGAUGCAGUACCUCAGACCGCUGAACCAGGGUCUGUAGUGACUCCUCACCACUGAGAUGCAGUACCUCAGACCGCUGAACCAGGGUCUGUAGUGACUCCUCACCACUGAGAUGCAGUACCUCAGACCGCUGAACCAGGGUCUGUAGUGACUCCUCUAGCACUGAGAUGCAGUACCUCAGACCGCUGAACCAGGGUCUGUAGUGACUCCUCACCACUGAGAUGCAGUACCUCAGACCGCUGAACCAGGGUCUGUAGUGACUCCUCACCACUGAGAUGCAGUACCUCAGACCGCUGAACCAGGGUCUGUAGUGACUCCUCACCACUGAGAUGCAGUACCUCAGACCGCUGAACCAGGGUCUGUAGUGACUCCUCACCACUGAGAUGCAGUACCUCAGACCGCUGAACCAGGGUCUGUAGUGACUCCUCACCACUGAGAUGCAGUACCUCAGACCGCUGAACCAGGGUCUGUAGUGACUCCUCUAGCACUGAGAUGCAGUGCCUCAGACCGCUCGGGAGCCCUGAGUUAAAGAGGUAAAUGUUAUAACUGGCACAGAAAUACGAACGCAUAGACGCCAAGAGUCUACUUGGCAGACAGGGACGAAGAAGAAAGAGAAGAACAUAUGAUAAAGAAGAUGUUAAAUGAGCUCUGAUGGAGGUUUAGUGUACAGCUGAACUACUCUGACAGAGAGUAGUACACUGCAGACUUGUCUUAGUAGUAGAUGUGUACUUUAGGGAGGGGUGGAGGGAUGGAGGGAGUCAUCGAGAGAGGAGAGAACGGGAGGAUGAGUUAUCAUCAGCGAGGAGGGGGAAAAGACAGGGAGGGAGGUGGAGGCAAGCAAUCUACGUUUAGGAGAGAGAGCGGCUGAGUAAAGUUUCUUACCCCGUUUCAACAUUUUUCUCGCGCACAGCUGGUCCUCAACACCAAUACAUUCGCGAGCAUCGCCAGCAGGAACUCAAGGUGUGGUCAUCAUGUUGGGGGUGUGUCUGUCCGUCCUAUUGCUCCUACCCCUGGCCUCGUUUAUCCCCUCCCCCUCCAGACCUCCCCCAAGAGGGAAUCCACUCUCUGUAUGCAGACGAUGCUGCGACCCCCUGCAGCCCCCAGAAUCCUCUGCUGCACGCCCUGCCAACCACGCCGCCGCCAUGCCAGAGGUCCACACCUACAUCAACAUGACCAUACUCAAAGGUGAUAAAGGCGACAGAGGAGAUAAAGGCAUGCCAGGGAAAAACGGUAAAGAAGGUCCCCAUGGUUACCGGGGUCCCAUGGGUCCUCAAGGGACUAAGGGCCAAGCGGGCGCCCCGGGAGAUGCCUGUAAGUCGCAGCACUCCUCCUUCUCUGUAGGGAGACGUAAAUCCCUCCACAGUAUAGACUACUACCAGGCCCUGGUGUUUGACACGGUGUUCGUCAACCUCUACGAGCACUUCAACAUGUUCAAAGGUAAAUUCUACUGCUUCGUCCCAGGUAUCUACUUCUUCAACGUGAACAUUCACACGUGGAACUUCAAGGAGACCUACCUCCACCUGAUGCACAACGACAAGGAGCAGGUGAUCCUGUACGCCCAGCCCAGUGAGAGGUCCAUCAUGCAGAGUCAGAGUGUUAUGAUGGACCUGGCGCUGAACGACGAGGUCUGGGUCAGGCUCUACAAGAGGGAGAGGGAGAACGCCGUCUAUAGUGAUGACGUGGAUGUCUAUAUUACCUUUAAUGGAUACCUGGUGGCGCCUAGUGUCCAGUGAUCAGGGUGGAGGAAGAGGGGGAGGAAACUGUGUUGGAUUUAGGUUGUUUUAUCAUGCCUAAAGUUCAGUGAUGAAAAAGGAGGAAAGAAGAGAGGGAACUUGCGCCGGUGUUGGAUUUUAGAUUUUGCUUGUGCCUAUAUUGCCUUCAGUGCUCACCAAAUUCAAAUGAAAUCUGGUUUGAUUUUGGUUGUCCCUUUGCAGUGCCUUCAGUGCUCACCAAAUGGAAACUCUGGGUUGAUUUUGAUUGUUCCUUUGUGGUGCUUUCAGUGCUCACCAAAUGUAAACUCUGUGUUAGAUUUUGUUUGUCCUUCCGUUGUGCCUAAAGCAGCCAAUGAUACAAAUGACCUGCACACACGUUUUCCUCUGCCUUACGAUGUAUUCCUCUCAGGUACUUUGAAUGGGGAGGGUUGUGGGCUGCAUCACUAUGCAGUGUUGUGGAGUCCCAGGCCCAGUGUUGUGUAGUCCUAGUCCCACCAAAAGACAUAUUUUAAAUGUCUUUUCAGUGUCUUUUCAACAUCUUUUGAUCAUAGGCUGGUUUUGGGACUAGACUUCAAUGGACCCUGCAUUGAACUGUUGCUAUGGUGACCUCGAGGAAAGCUUUAAAAGUGGAAAAGGAGAAAAUGCCAGCCAUAUCAAAUGAAAAUAUAGAGAUUGUUGAGUAAGUAAUGCAAGAUUGUAUUGAUAUAUAUAUUAAUAACUCAGUGUUAUGUGUUUUUAUAGAGAUUUACUUUCAGCUGCAGAGCAGCUUGUAACAUGUAAAUAUUUGUAUAGAUUUUUGUUACCUAAAACGUUUUGUCACUA